ACCCGUUUCGAUGCUAUUUAUAACGGAAUCCAAAUCCUAAGCGAGUGAAAAAAAGACUUAAAGUAGUGACUGAAGAAAAAAAAAACAUUUCAGCAAUUCGAUGAAGCCAUUUCCAAUUAUUCUCCUCUUCGUCAUUGCCUCAGCAUUAGUUUCGGCGAAGAACACUGGUGAUGUAACGGAGUUGCAGAUUGGCGUUAAGUAUAAACCAACAUCAUGUGAAGUUCAAGCACACAAAGGUGAUAAAGUGAAAGUACACUACCGGGGAAAACUCACUGAUGGUACUGUUUUUGAUUCAAGCUUUGAAAGAAAUAAUCCAAUUGACUUUGAGCUUGGUAGUGGCCAAGUGAUCAAAGGAUGGGACCAAGGAUUAUUGGGAAUGUGUCUCGGUGAGAAGCGGAAACUGAAAAUACCAGCAAAACUUGGCUACGGAGAGCAGGGCUCCCCACCCACUAUUCCAGGGGGUGCAACACUUAUAUUUGAUACCGAGCUUGUGGGAGUGAACGACAAAAGUUUAAGCGAAGAAAAAUCAAACUCCGAACUGUAGACAAAUCAAAAGAAAUGGAUAACUAGACUUUCGGGAAUAUUUGAUAGCUUAUUUGUGUACCUCAAUAAUAUUUGGUUUCAAUUCCUUUUUUAUUUUUAUAUGAUAGUGGAAUCACCAUAUUUUCGUUUUUAAACUCUAAGUGAGGCUUAUUUUGAAAGACUUAGCUGUUGUUACCUAAUCUAUCUGGUAUUUAUUAGCGAUUAAGCUUUGGUGAGAGUUUUCAUUGGUUUGCUUA